AUGGCAUUGUACGCAUGUUCAAAACGAGCAAGUUAUCUUGUUGCACACCUACCGGUUUACGAUUUCCUCGCUCCGAGCCUGCUUCAAGCUCCCCGAGCUUCUCACCAGAUUCGAAGGUUAAAUGUCACGAAACGAUGCUUUACAGCUGCAGGUUCGAGUGGAAACCAGAGCACCUCUCCAAGUCAACCCUCACGAACCCCGAAAUCCGGCCCAGAUGCUGCCUCCAACCCAGCACCACUCAAUAAACCUUUAACCCAAGCCCAGCGAGAUUUCCUCACCAGUGCCCUACGAGUCAAUCAAGCUGGCGAACUAGCAGCAACCCUCAUUUAUACGGCCCAAACACCUCCCAUCGUCUCCUCGCACCCCCACCUGCGGCCCCUCAUGAAACACAUGUACGACCAAGAAGCCGCACACUUCAGCACCUUCAACUCCCUGAUGGCAAAACACCGCAUCCGGCCCACAGCCAUGUACCCCGUCUGGACGCUGGCCGCCUCGGCCCUUGGAUGGGGAACGGCGAUCAUGGGGCGAGAAGCAGCUAUGGCAUGCACGGAGGCAGUAGAGACGGAGAUCGGGGGACAUUAUAAUGGACAAGUGCGUGUACUGUUGGAGAUGGCGGAGCAAAUGGAGAAGGACGGGGAGGAGAUAGGAGGGGAAUUGAGAGAGUUGAUUGAUACGAUCAGACGGAUACGGGAUGAAGAGCUAGAGCACUUGGAUCAUGCGGUGGAGAAUGAUGCAAAGCAAGCAGUGCCUUACGAGCUGCUGACCGGUGUGAUAAGAGCAGGGUGCCGAGGAGCGAUUUGGGUCAGUGAACGAGUAUAA